AUGUCAACACGCCCAUCACCAAUCCCAAUCCCAAUAUCAUCUCUCCUCCCUCCCUGCUCGUCUUCCUCCUCCUCGUCACACCCAGCAUCUCAAGCAUAUUUACCUUCCCCAUCCUACAUCUUAGGUCCCUUACCGCCCACUUCACCCAUACAUCUAGCUCUGGACCACCUCAAACUAGCCGAUGAGAGACCAUACGAGCCAUUGCAACAACCGCCAAAUGACCAGGAUCCUAAGAGCAAAGGAAAGGAGAAGAUCAAGGAUGAUGAAGUACAACCGAUAGAUCUGAGGAGUAAAGAAAGAGUUUUGAUUAUAACUGGAUCGAAAUGGAACUACAUAGAUAGUAUACAGGAAGAGGAUGAAGAUACUUUUAGGAGUGUUUCGGGGAAGUGGGAGGUUCUGAAGAGAUUGAAAAGGAUUGAUAUCAGAUCAUGUCCUACUCCAUCUCACCUCCAGCUGCUACUAACCCUUUUGACAGAAUCUGACUCCCGUCUACCACUUUCCUCCACAUCCAACAAGACCGCUCAACCGCAAUACCUCGAAUCAACACCCUCAGUCGUGAUACUAUGGGAUAUAGCCGGGAUGUUCAUGUGUGAACAGAAUUUGGAUGAGAAUGAACCUCCACCCAAAGAUGAAGGUAUGCCAGGGGGAGAGGAUGAGCAUGUACUCAUACAGCAAGAGAAUGGGCGGAAAUUCAGAUCUGAAGUUUGUGUGCCAGAUUAUAUGAGUUUGCUGGCUGCUGUUAGAGCUGCGGUCGAUCAUCUGAAUACAUUACAUCCGUCCGAUCCUCCUGUCCAACUGAUAGUACUCGAACCUGCUUUAGACGCCUUGUCCUCCCUCCCUAUACUCCCACCACUAUCAUCAGAGAAUGAAGAUCCAAAGAUGCCCAAAUUCGCUCGAGAACGUAAAGUGCUUUUGGUCGAUGGGGCUAGGUGGAUAUUCGGAAAGGACAGUAUAGGUACGGUCCAUCAGAUAUCUGGUGAUCAAUAUACCACUUCGUAUUUUUGUUUCACCUUGGAUAAGGACAGGAAGAAAGACCAGGAUAAGAGUUAUCAGAUCAGAAAGAAGAGAUGCCCUAAGGCGGAUUAUAGUGAUCCUGAAUGGCAGGGUGAGGAGAAGAUGAUGGGUUGGAAAUGGGAAUGGAUUGGGUCGUAG